AUUUUCAUUUACCCACUCAUCGCGCUUGUAAAUCAAAUCAUUUUUAAGGUUAUGGUAAUUUAAAUAGUUCCGUUUAAUUGUCCACAAGACAAGCUUCAAUUUUCACUAGCGUACCUGGCGCUUUAGGUGGUGUUUGCACUAUAAUUCUUACAAUUGUCACCAUUGCACAUUACCAUGUCUUUAGAAAACAGCCAAAUCGCCCAGUUCUUCAAAAACCAGACAAUCUUCAUAACCGGCGGAACAGGCUUUCUGGGAAAACUCCUCAUCGAGAAACUGCUACGAACAUGUUGGGAUCUGAAGAAGAUCUACGUGUUGAUGCGUUCAAAAAGUGGCAAAACCCCUCAACAACGCUUUGACGAGCUCUUUAACUUCCCCUGUUUUGAUCUCAUAAGAGGAAAGAAGUUAAGAGACAAAGUUUUUCUUAUCAGUGGCGACUGCAAAAGACCCCUUCUGGGCUUAAGCGACCAGGACCUAGAUUUGUUAAAACGAGAAACCACUUGCUUUUUCCACGUAGCUGCCAACGUUAAAUUUGACAUAUCUUUCAAAGAGGCCAGUUAUAACGUGAGUGCGACGAGAGAUGUUGUCAAUUUAACGAAGCAAAUGUCAAACCUUAAGGUGUUCAUCUAUGUGUCUACAGCCUACUCCAACUGCAUCAAUUCUCACAUUGCAGAGGAGUUCUAUAAACCACCAAUGGAUACUAACACGUUCCUUAAUUUUAUCAACGCCGUUGAUGACGAUGUUUUGCAGAAUAUCACACAUCCAUUAUUGGGUAAAUGGCCCAAUACCUACGUCUACUCGAAGUGUAUUACCGAAAAUCUGAUUAAAAAUUCGAAUAUAAAUGUACCAGUGGCAAUAAUACGACCGUCCAUAAUCAUGAACACCAUUGAGGAACCAAUAAAGGGAUGGAUUGAUAACACCUACGGGCUCAUUGGGAUAACGUUUGGGGCUUGUGUGGGUGUAGUUAGAAGCUUCUAUGCAGGAAAAAAUAACAAACUAAAUUUAGUACCAGCUGAUCAUGUGUGUAAUUGUGUGUUAGCGGCAACAUGGAAAGCAGCUAUAACACAAUCAGAGUCACCUGUUAUAUAUAACUGUGUUGGAGAACCAAAGAGUUGUGAGGACUGCACUAAGUUAAUAAAUUGGUUCUACUGGGAAUUUCCUUCCGAAAAGUAUUUAUGGUAUAAAUCUUUCAAAAUAAUAGAAAAUAAGUUUUGGAACCACGUGUACUUCAGUUUACAUUUACUACCUGCUUAUUUCAUAGACUUAAUUUUCUUCUUUUUCGGAAAGUCCGCAAGGAUCGUUCAGAGAUAUACACGCAUUAACAGAGUGCUUGAAAUGUCUUCUUAUUUUGCCACUCGAGACUGGACGUUCGAUGAAGACAAUGUCAUAAGUUUGUGGAAGGGCAUGAGCGACGAAGAUAAGAAAAUUUUUAAAUUCAACGUAAAAAUCACUGAUUGGUACGCUUAUUUUCGCAACUGUGCUUUAGGUAAACGACUCUAUUUAUUAAAUGACCCGAUUGAUACUGUACCUAAAGGUCAAAAGAAGUUGAAAGUUUUGUUUGUGUUGCAUUAUGCAGUCAUUAUCUUGCUGUGUUAUUUUAUGUUUGCAACGUUGAUGUUUAUGUUUGGUUUCUGAUAGUAAAUUAUUUUCGAUGUACUUAGAAUUUGUUGUUAUCAGGUAACGUAUGUUUAUUAACUGCGCAAAAAAGGAUUUAGUAGUCAAAGUGGGUAAUUCUUGAUAAAAUGAUUACAUAAAUGAUAUUCCGCCAAUGUCGGUUUAUUACCAAAUCAUUUAACCUUCACACAAUAGUUUGGAAUUAAGGAGGAAUUAAGUAUGUUAUAAAUUUGUGUCAUAAUGUUCAUAAUUAAAAUUCGUAAAAUAGUGACAUGUAAAAGAGUAGUCAGUGAUAUAAUAUCCGUCGUAACAUGUCGAGGAAACGCAUAAAUGUAAGUUUUAUUUAAGUUACAUUGCGUUGCAUAGACGUCCUAAAGAACGAUUCAGCGACAGAAAUAAACUUUAUUUUAUUUA